CGCGCACACUGCGUGUGGCGCGCGGAGGAGCCGCACACGUGUCUCCCGGAGUCGGGCGCCGAGUUCUCCCUCACGAUCCUGACGCCCCGUGUGCCCCUUUGGGUGCUCGCCCGCCCCUGCCCGCGUGAGUGGGAUCCCGCUUAGUUCCUCAAGCUCAGUAGCCAAGCUUGGCCCAGCCACUUGGUUCCGAGGAGCGGCGCUGUGGUGUGUGUGGUGUGUGGUGUGUGGUGUGUGUUAGGGGGUGGGGGGGUGAGAGAAGGAGCACUGCGCAUGCGGAGCUCCAAAUUCAAACAGCUGUUCCCUGAGGCCGGAGGGCGGGCGGCCCGCGAGCCGCUGGGCUAGGGGAGGUUUUCGCCAGGGGCAGGCUCCUCGGAAGUCAUGGUGGACCGGGGUCCUCUGCUCACCUCGGCCAUCAUCUUCUACCUGGCCAUCGGGGCGGCGAUCUUCGAAGUGCUGGAGGAGCCGCACUGGAAGGAGGCCAAGAAAAACUACUACACGCAGAAGCUGCAUCUGCUCAAGGAGUUCCCCUGCCUGGGUCAGGAGGGCCUGGACAAGAUCCUGCAGGUAGUUUCUGAUGCCUCGGGACAGGGUGUGGCCAUCACAGGGAACCAGACUUUCAACAACUGGAACUGGCCCAAUGCAAUGAUUUUUGCUGCCACGGUCAUCACUACCAUUGGUUAUGGCAACGUGGCCCCUAAGACCCCUGCCGGGCGCCUCUUCUGUGUCUUCUACGGUCUGUUCGGGGUGCCCCUCUGCCUGACAUGGAUCAGUGCCCUGGGCAAGUUCUUCGGAGGACGUGCCAAGAGGCUGGGCCAGUUCCUCACCAGGAGAGGUGUGAGCCUGAGGAAGGCACAAAUCACGUGCACGGCCAUCUUCAUCGUGUGGGGUGUCCUGGUCCACCUGGUGAUCCCGCCCUUCGUGUUCAUGGUGACCGAGGAGUGGGACUAUAUCGAGGGCUUCUACUAUUCCUUCAUCACCAUCUCCACCAUCGGCUUCGGCGACUUUGUGGCCGGUGUGAACCCCAGUGCCAACUACCAUGCCCUCUACCGCUACUUUGUGGAGCUCUGGAUCUACCUGGGGCUGGCCUGGCUGUCCCUGUUCGUCAACUGGAAGGUGAGCAUGUUUGUGGAAGUCCACAAGGCCAUUAAGAAGCGGCGACGGCGGCGGAAGGAAUCCUUCGAUAGCUCUCCGCGUUCCAGAAAGGCUCUGCAGGUAGCCGGCAGCAGCGCAUCCAAGGACAUCAACAUCUUCAGCUUCUUGUCCAAAAAGGAGGAGACUUACAACGACCUCAUCAAGCAGAUUGGAAAGAAAGCCAUGAAGACGAGCGGACCUGGUGACAGGGUCUCAGGCCCAGGGCCUCAAGCCGAUGGGCUGCCAGCCCUGCCCGCGUCCCUGGCACCACUAGUGGUCUACUCUAAGAACCGAGUGCCCAGCUUGGAGGAGGUAUCCCAGACUCUGCGUAGCAAAGGUCACGUGUCCAAGGCCCCUGGCGAGGAGGCCGGGGAGAGGCCCAAGGAGGACGGCUCCGAGGCGCUCACAAACCAGCUAGACCGCAUCAGCGAGGAGGGCGAGCCAUGGGACGCCAAGGACUACCACCCGCUCAUCUUCCAGACCGCCAACAUUGACUUUGUCCACGAGGAAGUUGGCCUUUCAGAUGAGGAGACCUCCAAGUCCUCGUUAGAAGAUAACCUGGCAGUGGAGGAACAGCCCCCAGAGGGUGCUGAGGCCGAGGCACCCCUGGCCAUGGCCGAGUUCCCCUCGUCGGACGAGUCGACCUUCACCAGCACCGAGUCUGAGCUCUCUGUGCCUUAUGAGCAGCUGCUCAAUGAGUACAAUAAGGCCAACGGCCCCAAAGGCACGUGAGGCGGGGCCGGCUCCCCACCCCACCCUCGAUGGCUCCUUUGCCCCUCACCCUGGGGUGUCAUGUGAUGACUCGGACCCCCCCUGAACCCUGGUGGGGGGUGGGGGCAGAUCUGGGACUGUGAGUGGGGGGCCAGAGGCCUUUCUUACUUUCCAGCUCCUCCAGUUCAAUGCUGCUGGCCAGGCAUGGUGCAUGCCCACCCAGGGCAGGUGCCCCGACAGUGAGGAGGUAGCUAUACCAUGCGAUGGUUGGGAUCGACCCGAGGAGGCCCGUAUCUCUUUGUGUGGUUGAGUGUCACAUGGUUUUGAGUUCACCGGUUUUAGGGAGAGAUAACCUAUGUGUAUCUGGCGCCAGGCUAGACAUUUCAUAGAGCCAGGGAGGGCGCAGGCGAUUGUACGAGUGGGGAGGCACAGUUCUGCCCUGGGUUCUGUCCCACCCCAGCAGCCAACUGUCUGCACCAAUGGCUGCUGGGGUGAGGGAGGAGUGAGAAGAUGUUGAGCACGGGCUAAGAUGGUCCUGCCUCAGAGGGGCUGAGCCGAGUCUAAGUGCAGGGGUGGAGGGCCAGGGCUGGUCCUGCUUACUGAGUUACUCAGAUCCUGUUUCCUGUUCUCACCUCCCUCUGGCCUAGCAAUGUAAUGACUGUCUGCCUCUGCCCUAGGAGUGGUGGGAGGAAGGGAUAGCAGAGGGCCUGGGCAGCGCCAGAAGGUCAGAGUCCUGAGGCUGGCAGGUGGGGAGGGGUCUCUAAUGAGGCUUGGCUGUAGUUACUUCUACCCCCUCCCCAGCCCUUCAGGAAAACGCACAGUAUGCCCUGGCCUGAGAACAUGCAGCAACCUCCGCCCCAACUUCCUGGGGGACCUCACAGCACCCCUCGUCCUCGUCCCACCUGCCCUGCCAGCCAGGCAAGGCAAAGCCAAAUCGCUUUUGGCUCACACGUGGGGAAAUGGCCCAAUAUGUGAAUCAAACUCCUCUCCAGCUGCUCGUUGUCCCCCACGUGUGUCUGUGUGGCACCACAGGAAUGGAAUUGGCAAGGAGCAGUUGAUAAUGUGAAGCUGCGUUGGACCCUGUGUCUGCUGACGGGUGGGCAGAGCUCCCCGAGGCUGGUUCCCCGGGGCCCAGCCCACUUACCUGAGUGAGCACUGCUGGUUUCCUGUCCUUGACAUCUAUCGUUGGUCUCAGAGCCAGGGGUUAGAGAGUAGCAUCCUGUGUGCACACCCUCCCUGCCCCCAACACAUACACACUGAAUUGGGCCCUUCUUGGUGACCUCAGUCA